CUGAAAAAUAUAAUUAUUGGAUUAUAGAAAUCUAAAGACAGCGAGAUCCCAGCAACCGCCAUUAUUGGCUCCUCCUCCUCCUCCUCCAAUUUUAUCCCGCGCCUAUAGCAGACGCAGCCAUUGCCACUCUUUUUUCAUUUCCUUGCUUUUGAUCUUCCAGAUCUCAUCUUUUCGCCGCUAAUUCCAUACCCAGUCAAACAAUUCGAUUUACUUAACCUAAAUCCUCAAUUCUUUUGCACUCGUUACUUAAUCAAACCCUAAUUCCCUCGUAAUCUUCACCACAACUUCUCAUUCUCUAGCUUUUCAUUUUUUAAAAUUAGGGUUUCUACUUUUUGCUUACUUUCUCCAUUUUGACUAUACUUUUCUUAUGCCUUUUCUAAUUCAAAGACGAGUAGCGAGUAAUAUUUUAAAAAAACUUUGAUAUUUAGGUUUGAAUUAGUCAUUUUGGAUUAGGGUUUUGUUGCUGCUGCCGCCAUUGCGAUGGCGGAAGAGGUGCCGUUAUACUAUAGCAUAAUUGCAUUCUUGUGCACAUUUGGAGCAAUUGCUUUGGCUGUUUUUCACAUUUACAGGCAUUUACUUAAUUACACUGAACCUACUUACCAGAGAUAUAUUGUUCGCAUUAUCUUUAUGGUUCCGGUUUAUGCAUCUAUGUCUUUCUUGUCUCUUGUUUUGCCCGCAAGUUCGAUAUAUUUCAAUUCCAUAAGAGAAGUGUAUGAAGCUUGGGUCAUCUAUAACUUCCUGUCUCUCUGUCUUGCUUGGGUUGGGGGCCCUGGUGCUGUUGUGCUAAGCUUAAGCGGUCGGGUUCUAAAGCCAUCAUGCUGCCUGAUGACAUGUUGCCUACCACCAAUUCCACUAGAUGGUCGUUUUAUAAGGAGGUGUAAGCAAGGAUGUCUGCAAUUUGUGAUUCUAAAGCCUAUAUUAGUUGCCGUUACACUGAUACUAUACGCAAAAGGGAAAUAUAGAGAUGGGAAUUUCAGUCCAAAUCAAGCAUACCUGUAUCUUACUAUAAUAUAUACAAUCUCAUAUACAAUGGCUUUGUAUGCUUUGGCAUUGUUUUAUGUGGCUUGCAGAGAUCUGCUUCAGCCCUUCAAUCCAGUUCCCAAGUUUAUCAUCAUUAAGUCAGUUGUUUUUUUAACAUACUGGCAGGGAGUUCUGGUUUUUCUUGCUGCAAAGUCUGGAUUGAUCAAGAAUGCAGAGGAAGCUGCACAAUUUCAAAAUUUUAUUAUUUGUGUUGAGAUGCUUAUAGCUGCUGUGGGCCAUCUUUUUGCAUUUCCAUACAAAGAGUAUGCUGGCGCGAACAUUGGUGGAUCUUGUGGUGGUUUAACAGGAAGCCUUGCACAUGCCUUGAAGUUAAAUGAUUUGUAUCAUGAUACCGUUCACCAGUUUGCACCAACUUACCACGAUUAUGUGCUCUACAACCAUAGUGAAGGUGAUGAAGGAACAAGAAAGUAUCGUUCACGUACCUUUGUACCUACUGGUCAUGAAAUGGAUGCUGUUAGGAGAAACAGGCUGGAUGAAAUUCAGCUCUCUAGUCGCUCUUCUUCUGGUACAAGCACUCCCAAAAAUUCCACCUCAGCACCGGAUUUUGCACACCCUGAUACCAUGAAAUCUUCAUUGCUUAUAGAUACUUCAAAUUCUGUGCCAUAUGACAUGUCGCUUAUUGACAUGGACCUGUCCAGUUAUCCUGCAAAAGUUCCUGCUGCAAAAGAAUCUGGGAUUAGGUGAAAGUAUUGGAGAAAUUUCAGUAAAUAGAAGACAAAAAGAUGAUCCCUGAUGAACAUAAUCUUAGAGGAAAGUGAAUCCUGUCCCUACUUUGGGGAAGCAUAUUUGGUUAGUUGUGUCAAUUUUUGUGAUUUUUCUAUUGGUUCAAGCAAUUUAGUCUUCUGAUGUUGUGCUUCCCUUUGGUGAUCAUUAAUGGCCUGUUGUUAUGGGCUAUUGAUUGGCCAUCUUCUCUGUAGAUACAAAAACUUUUAGUUCAGAUACUUGGAAUAUUAGAGAUUCAAAUGAAAACGAGUUGUUGAGUUGUUUUUACCAUUA